ACCUGGACUGUCUUUAACUUUGUGAUUGACCACUGUUCCUCAGGUAAGGGACCGGAGACCCUGUAUGCCGGGCAAAAGCUCAAUGAUAAUGAAUGGCAUACGGUGCGUGUGGUGCGCCGCGGCAAAACCUACAAGCUAACGGUUGACGAUGAUGUAGCAGAAGGCCAAAUGGUGGGUGACCACACUCGUCUGGAGUUCCACAGCAUCGAAACGGGCAUCAUGACGGAGCGCCGCUUCGCUUCCAGCAUCCCGUCCAGUUUCAUCGGUCAUCUGCAAAGCCUCAGAUUUAAUGGAAUGCUGUACAUCGACCUGUGCAAGAACGGUGACAUCGACUACUGUGAACUCAACGCCCGCUUCGGAAUCCGGUCCAUCAUAGCCGACCCGGUCACCUUUAAGUCCAAGAGCAGCUACCUGAGCCUGUCCACGCUGCAGGCCUACACCUCCAUGCACCUGUUCUUCCAGUUCAAGACCACCUCCUCCGACGGAUUCAUCCUGUUCAACUCUGGAGACGGAAACGACUUCAUCGCCGUGGAGCUGGUCAAAGGGUACAUCCACUAUGUGUUCGAUCUUGGAAAUGGACCGAACCUGAUCAAAGGGAAAAGUGAACGGGCUCUGAACGACAACCAGUGGCACAACGUGGCCAUCACACGAGACAACAGCAACACCCACACAGUGAAGGUGGACGCCACCACCACCAGCCAGAGCAUCAACGGAGCCAAAAACCUGGAUCUGAAAGGGGACCUGUUCAUUGCAGGUCUGGGUCCAGGCAUGUAUGGGAACCUGCCAAAGCUGGUGGCCUCCAGGGAAGGCUUCCAGGGCUGCUUGGCGUCGGUGGACCUGAACGGGCGCCUGCCGGACCUGAUCAGUGACGCUCUGUUUCGUAGCGGGCAGAUAGAGCGUGGAUGUGAAGGUCCCAGUACCACCUGUCAGGAGGACUCCUGUGCCAACAUGGGCAUCUGUAUCCAGCAGUGGGAGAACUACACCUGUGACUGUUCUAUGACCUCCUACACAGGAACGCAGUGCAACGACCCUGGGACCACUUAUAUCUUCGGUAAAGGCGGAGGUCUGAUCACGUUCCGGUGGCCGGCCAACGACCGUCCCAGCACCAGAACAGACAGACUGACCGUGGGCUUCAGCACGGCCCUGAAAGAAGGCAUUCUGGUCCGAAUAGACAGCGCCCCAGGACUGGGAGACUUCCUCAUGUUACACAUAGUCCAGGGUAAAAUCGGGGUGACCUUUAACAUUGGUACAGUGGACAUCAGUGUUCAGGAGAGCAGUACCCCAGUGAAUGAUGGGAAGUACCAUGUGGUCCGCUUCACAAGGAACGGAGGCAACGCAACUCUGCAGGUGGACAACUGGGCCAUCAACGAACACUUCCCCACAGGGAACAGUGACAUGGAGCGUUAUCAGAUGGCCAAUAAGAAAAUUCCGUUCAUUUACGUCCGACCAGUCGAAGAAUGGCUCCAAGAGAAAGGACGGAAGUUAACGAUUUUCAACACUCAAGCAACAGUUGCUAUCGGCGGCAGUGACCGUGGGCGGCCCUUCCAGGGUCAGCUGUCCGGUCUCUACUACAACGGCCUCAAAGUGUUGAACAUGGCCGCCGAGGCCAACGCCAACAUCAAGAUCAACGGCAGCGUGAGGCUGGUGGGGGACGUUCCCAGCGUGGGGGGUUCAGCCAGGACCACCGCCAUGUCCCCAGACCUGUCCACCUCCUUCAUCGAGACCACAACCAUGAUGUCCCCCACCACCACAAGGAAACACCGCUCCUCCUCCACUGUCCAGCAUGCCACCGAUGACAUCGUGUCGUCUGCAGAAUGUUCCAGUGAUGACGAGGACCUGGAGGAGUGUGAGACCAGUAAUGCAGGUGGGCUAGGUUAG